AUGCAGGCGCCCGGCGCGCUCGCGCGGCCGCCACGGCUGCGGACGACGGCGGCGCCACAAGCACCAUGGGGCGCGCGGCCCGCUGCCCCGGCGCGUGGCUGGGGGCCCGGCACCCUCCUUACAAAAUCAAUCAGCAGGCGCUGCACCGCGCUACGCCGCUGCGCAGCGGCAUCAACAGCUGCUGCCACACAGCAUCAGCUGCAGCUACAGCCGGCGCUGGGCCGCUGUGCAUCAGCGGGCGCCCUCGAAAUUGGGCCCACCCAGCAGCGGCCGCGCCACGCGCACACCGUACACCAGCGGCAACAGAAGCAGCAGCUGCCCCCAUUCCUGAACCUGCAGCGCCCGCGCCGCUGCUCGCACGCCUGCCGCGCCGCGUGGCGGCCGCCCGGCGGCGGCGACGCGGGCGGCGGCGACCCCGGCUCGGACGGCGUCCGCCCCGACGCGUUCGGCCGCACCCCGCCCCCGCGGCCGCCGUCAUCUUGGUCAGACCUGCCUGACCCCUGGGAAGCCACCGCCCGCGCAGCUUCCGCGCAGCCGCCGCCCGGGCCCGGCAACGGCGGCAACGGCAACGGCGCGCCGCCGCCGCCGCCGCCGCGGCGGGGGCCGGAUUACGAGAUGACGGAUUGGGGGUGGGACGCGCCGGAGCAGGGGUGGGACCCGACGGAGGGGCUGUCGCCCGAGCAGCUGGCGGGGAUGCAGGCGGACUACGACGCGUAUCUGCAGCGGCAGCGGGCGGCGGAGAGUCCGCCGAGAGACAAGUGGAUCACGCCGCUGUUGGACUGGCAGGUGUGUGGGGGGUGA